GGUUUUAAUGAUUAACAUUGCAGUUGGAAGAUUAUUAUAUUGUAAACAAUUUCAUUUCCAAUUCAAGCAUAGACUUUAAUUAUAUUGGAUUGAAUAUUAAUAAUGACAAAAGUUGAAAAUGGAGGAAAGCCCGAUGUUAAGUCUGGAAAAUCCGAAAAGGAGCGUACCAAUAAACGUGCUCAUAAAAAAGAAAAGCAAAAGCCGCAAACGAAGAUCGUUAUUCGACAUUUGCCACCUACUAUGACUGAGGAAGAGUUUCUGAAACAAAUAGAUCCACUGCCACCACAUGAUUUUUACUAUUUCGCUGCACCCGAUUGGUCUUUGGGAUAUGACGCUACCUGCCGGGCCUAUAUAACAAUGAAGAACUAUGACGAUGUGUUUUUGUUUAGAGAUCGAUUUGAUGGAUACGUUUUUGUAGAUUCCAAAGGUGCUGAGUAUCCAGCUAUCGUUGAGUUUGCACCAUUCCAAGGACUCGUUAAAAAUAAAUCACGUAGAGUUGACAGUAAAGUGAACACCAUUGAGCAAGAGUCGCAUUAUCAACAGUUCCUAACAAAGUUAGAAGAAGACCGAGAAGCUGCAAAAGGUGGUGAAAGCAAAUUAGAAUUUAGUUUGGAUCGCAAAAAAGAAGAGAAAAUCACUUCAACACCAUUACUUCAGUAUCUAGCCAAUAAAAAAGAAAAGCGACGUGAAGAGGCCAAACGGCGACAAGAGGAGAAGCGUCGCCAGCGCGAUGACGACAAAGAAAAAAGAAAACAGGCACAAUCUCAACAACAAGUAACAAAAAUUAUAUCAAAUAACGAAGGAGGCGGCGGCAAAGGUGGAAAUAAGUUGGCCAGUGGCAAGGAAAAUAUUGUCGGUGAAAAGAACAACCAGCAACAACCGCAUGAAGAGGGUAAAAGCUCACGUUCCCAGAGACGAGCUGAGCGCAAUCAAAGAAGGCGAGAGGAAUUUGAACGUAAACGACAAGAACGGGAUCAAAGAGAUAAAGGCGGCGAAGGCAAAUCAAAUCAAACUAAUAAUGUCGAAUCUAAUUUGGCCAACGAUAAAAAAAGUCGAGAACAGCCACAACGUGAAAAUAAAUCAGAUGAUGGGAAGCAAGCACAACGUAAAGAAGGUGGAAAACGUUACAGUGAACGUCGAGAACGAGAUAGAAAUCGCAACCGCAAAGAUAAAGAAAAAGAGAAGGCCAAGGAUUCCUCAGUUGGCGAUGAAGUGCUUAAAACCGAAAGUACAGCGUCAGAAGCUAUAAGAGCUGCAGCCGCUGCCGCAGUUGCUGGCGGAGAAGCUAUUGUUAGCGAGUCUGUUAUGAAUUUUAUACGUAGUGUAGCAACCGCCAAGGAGUUUGUCCCCAAACAUAAACAACAAGAAAUGAAAGAUAAGCAGAGAAAAUUGUCUGACGAAAAAUUAUCCGAAAAAGAUGACGAAAAGGAAGCUGAAACGAAACCGACAAUGGAAGGUCUGAAGAAAUUUGAUUCGAAUGUAGAACUUGAUACUCGUACGCCAAAACAAAGGGCUGCUGAUGAACAGCGCCGUAUUAGAAAUAAGGAUCGUCCUUCGAUUGCCAUCUAUCAACCGAAAGCACGUUUACGUAUUUCGGAAGAGCGUGAUCCCAGUACAUCUCAACCUCUAAGUAGUGGGAAGAGCGACACUCGUAGCAAUCCUACAUCUGAUUGUGAAAGCGUAAAAAAAGAGGAAACGAGAACUAAAAAGGUGUCUCGUUAUUCAGAGCGACGGGCAGAAAGGCGUAACAAUAAGGACAAACAAAAAACUUCGCCUGAUCCCAUUGAAUCCGAUCAAAAGGAUGAAAUGGAACUGUCCAAAUCAAUUGCAGCUGAAAAUGAGGUUAUUGAAUCCCAAGAUGCAGCAAAAUGCACUGAGGAAUAAAAAUUGUUUAAGUUUUUAUCGGAAUUUAUAAAAAACCUCUAAAUUAAAGUUUGAUUUUUUUACAUGUGAUUUUAACUUUUAAUUUUCAAUAUUGGCGAUAUCUUUCACAAAUUACAUUGAAAUUUACACUUU